AUGUAUGCCCAAAGUAGUGAAAAUGAAGAUAAUAAAAAAUUUUUAAAAAUAACAACCAAAAAAAAUAGAAACAAAAAAAUAAAAUUUGAAGAAAUUAAAAAAAAUGAUUAUAUAUGUGUUGAAAUUCCAGGUAAAAUAAAAAAAGGAAGUAAAGGUUUAUCAGCUGUGGAAAGUUUAGGAGGAUUAAAAAAAAUAACUAGUAUUUUUAAAUUUCAUAAAAACAUUAGCAAAUAUGAUGAAAAUUUAAUUUUGCGAAUUAAUAAUAAUGAUAUGUUUUCUUCCUUUAUAUCAUCAAAUUGGACAAAAGUUAACAAUAUUUUAAUAAAAAUUAAAAAAACUAGAAAAAAUAAAUAUAAGUUUGAGUGUCUCGGUUUUGUUAAAUAUUUGUAUUAUUUUGAUAAUAUGAGUGAUUUCUAUUAUAUUCCAUCAUUUUAUAAUAGAUAUGACUAUAAUACAAAUUAUAUACAUUAUUUAACAAAAGGGAAUAAAAAAAAAGAACAGAAGAAAAAAAGUUAUGAUAAUUUUGAAAAUAAUCCUACUGAUAUUUAUGAAUCAAAUAUUUAUAACAAGAAUGAUUAUACAAAUGACUCAUUUAUUUGUUUCCAAAACGAACAAAUAUAUAAAACGAAAAACGUAUCUCAAAUUAAUAAAGUUACAGAAGACCCAAAUGUUGUUAAUGAAAUACCUUUUAAAUAUAGCAUAAAUAAUGAAAUAACAAGUAAUAUUAAUGAAACUAUUUUAGAUAAUUAUGAAGUUAAUUACAGUAUGCAAAAUAAUUCUUCAAAUAAUAGCAAGAAUGAUAUGCAAAAUAGAAGAUGUGUUAAUGUCAACUCAAAUAAACUGACUGGAAAAUAUGUACAUAAUAAAAAUAACGUGAACAAUUUCUUAGAAAAAAGUCCAAAUAACUUAGAUUAUAAAAUUUCAAAUAAUUAUAAUACGGAUGCAUAUUUUAAUAUGGAAAAUAAAAAUUUAGAUAAUAGAUUUAAAUGUGUUUCCUUUAAUGAUGGACUAAAUCAAAUUAAGGAUAUAUGUCAAAAUGAUCAGAAAGUUUUCUUACCUAAUGUGGAUUUAGAAAAUAAAAAUUAUGAGACUUUUAGCGUAGAUGUAAUAAAAGAGAAUGGAAAAGGAGAAGAAAAUUAUGAGAUAAUGAAAAAUAAAGAAAUAGAUAAUAAAACAGAUUCUCAUAUAGAUAAAUGGUAUGAAAUAAAUGAAAAUAUGAAUCAUAAUAAGAACAGUAUUUUCUCCAAAAAUAAAGAUUAUAAAAAUGAAAUAUCGAAUACAUGUAAUUAUCAAAACUAUAAUAAUAUGCUUGUUUUAAAUGAAAAUAUAAAAAAUUGUAGCUCUACUUUUGAUAACACUAAACAUCAUCCUUUGAAUUUAUUAGGUGAUAAUUUUAAUUAUUAUUUAUCUGAUAUGGAGGAAAAUGAAAUAUUUAAUAAAAUAAUAAAUUCAAAAGUAUGUUCUGAUUUACUUGAGGAAAAAAAGGAAAUUAACUUUUCUUCGGAUGAAAGUGAAGCCUAUGAAUUACAAUGUUGUAUACAUAGCAAAAGCGUAACUCCAUAUGAUUAUAAAAAUUAUGAAUCAAUUAUUACAAAUAAAUAUAUAAGAGAUUUUAAAUAUAUAAUAAGUAAAUUUACAGCUCCUAUUGAUUCAAAAGCCGAAGCAAAAAAAGGGGAAAUAGAAAAAUUUAUUAAAGAAUUAAUAAUAAAAAAUAAUGAAAAAAAAUUCAUAAAUACAUUUACAGAAAUGACAGAGAAAGCAGAUGUGAAUGAAAAAAAUAAACCAAUGAAUGAUAAUGACGAAAUAAAUGUAACAAGCAGCAGUUUAUAUAAUGAUAAAGACGAAGUUAAUAAGCAUAUGCAAGAUAAUAAAAACUCUGAAAAUCAUUUAAAUGAUGAUUUUAAUCAAAAAAAUAAAGUUAAUUUUGGUAAUUCUAUAAUUAAUGAUCCAGUUAAUGAAUUAAAAAAUAUAUCUAAUACUGAAAAGCUUGAUUAUUCAAAUAACAAUGAUUCUUUAAAUAAGUAUAGUAAUAAAAUUAUAGUAAAUAAAAAAACAAUUCACUGUAAUCCUAUAGCAAAGUAUGACGAUCUUUCAUUACCGUUAAUCCCUUUUGACUCAGCAAUCAAAAAGUACGUUUCAGAUAAGUUAUAUAACAAAGUCAAAUUACUUUUUGAUAUUAGACCCAUAUGGUCAAAAGAAGUUUUAUUAGAGCAUCUGGAUAACAUAAGUACAUACUGCCUAAAAAGUUGUUUUUCAAAAAUUUGUUUUUAUUUUGUUGAUGGACCAUGGAGACGUACAUACUGUAAAUAUGGAUAUGAUCCUCGUAAGGAUUCCACAAGUUAUAUUUAUCAAACUAUAGAUUUUAGAGAUAAUUUUUAUAGAAACAUUAAAACAAAAAAUUUAGAAGACAUAAAUAAAAAUAUAAUAAAAAAGAAAUUUGCUUUGGAUAGUAUUGUAACUAAUAUAAUUAAAAAUAUAAAUAAUAGACAUAUUACUACCAUUACUAAGAAUAGUGAUAAUAUAAAGAAAGAUAGUUUUAAUGAAAUGCAAAAUGAAAUAAAAAAUCAAGGUAAUUGUAAAAGAGAUUGUCAUAUAUAUUCAGAAAUGCUCUCUGAAAAUAUAGGAAACGAUAAUGCAGAGGAUUAUAAUAAUUUUCAGAAUAGUUUAAUAAAUUCUAAUUCUGAUGACUUAAACAUUGAUAAAGACAUAUUAACAGUACAUUCAACUAAUAUUGAUUUAAAAGAUGAAGACUUUGUUCAUAAUGAUGAAGAAAUUAAUGAUAUACUUCAAUUUUUAAAAAAAUCCAAAACUUUUCAUUUAAGACAUCAUUUUUCUUCGGAAGUACAUUUUUCUGUAACACCUUUGAAAAUAUCGACUAUUUUUCAAUUUAUAGAUAUAUUUGAUAACAAUGUUUUAAAUUAUUUAUUGAAUGUUAAAAUACAAGAAAAAUGUUCAAAGGAUUAUGGAUGGCUUAGUAGUAAGGAUCUUGCAAAAAUUCGAGAUAUUUUAUUUGUCAGAUCCGUAACUUUAAGGCAUGCUCAUUCCAAAUGA